AUGUUGCAUAGAGCAGCAAGAAAUGCAUAUUCAUGGUGGGCUGCUAGCCAUAUAAGGACAAAACAGUCAAAAUGGUUGCAGCAGAAUUUACAAGAUAUAGAGGAGAAGGUUCAUUACAUAUUCAGAAUACUGGAUGAUGAUGGAGACUCCUUUGCAAGAAGGGCAGAAAUGUACUACAGAAACAGGCCUGAGCUUUUGAACUUUGUGGAAGAUUUCUUCAAGAGUUACAAAGCUCUAGCAGAGAGAUUUGAUUACAUCUCAAAAGAGCUUCAGAGUGCUAAUAGAAGCAUUGCCACUAUUUACCCAGAGAGAGUUCAGGUAGACAUGGAUGAUUAUGAAGAUGGUGAAAGUUACCUUGCAGCAGCAGCAGCAGGAGGAGGCAAUGGAGGCCCAGAGAAAGGGAAUAGCGCCCCGAAAGAUUUGCCAGCUCCCCCGAAGAUGAGCAUUCCCGAUGUCGUUUCGAUGGUCACCAAGAAGGGGAAGACGACAUCAAGGUUAAUGUCUAAGAAGGGGCUUCUCAAGUUCAAUGGCCCGGGUGAUCAAGCUGGCGCCAGUCCAGCAGCAUCGGGGCUGAGCAAAGACGAGGCGCUUCAGGAGAUUGAUGCGCUUCAGAAGCAGAUCCUGGCAAUGCAAACCGAGAGGGAGUUUGUGAAAAGUUCAUACGAAAACGGGCUUGCAAAGUACUGGGAUAUCGAGAACCAAGUCACGGAGUUGCAGGCAAGAGUUAGCAGCUUACAGGAUGAGUUCGGGAUAGGCACUUUUAUCGAGGAUGACGAAGCACAAACUCUGAUGGCAUCCACCGCGCUCAAGUCUUGCCAACAGACACUGGAUCAAUUACAAAAACAACAGACACAGGCAGAUGAAGACGCAAAGACUGAGCAUCGCAAGGUGCAAAAUGCAAAGCUCAGAUUUCAGUCUCUCGUGGAACAAUUUGAGGUAUCUCAGCUGGAUAGGCAACAGACACCGCUUGCUGCAGCCAAGGAGAAAUCGCCCGUGGAAAAUUUCGAGGAAUGUCAACUGGAUACGCAGCCUGCUGCAGCCAGGGAGAAAUCGCCCGUGAAGCCAAAUCAGGAGCCGAGCAAAUCAGAGAAUCAGCAAAUGGAGAUUCCUGCAGAAGGAAGGGGCGAUUUGGAGUCAUUAAGCGAAAAGAUUAAAGAAGAGAUGCAACUCAGUACAAGCACUCAUCUUACCAUGUCUGGGCUUGCAGAAAAUGUUGAUGCACUUGUAGAUAAGAUCGUAAAUUUGGAAGGUUUAGUGGUGGCUCAGAAUGCUCAUGUUAACAAAUUGAAAGCCGAGGCCAAUGAACUUCAUGCUCAUCUUCAAACCACGGAAGAGGAGAAGGAGACUUUGCUCAAAGAUUCAGAGAAGAUGAGCAAGAAGAUCAGAGAACUCGAAGAACAGCUUCACGGAGUUCAGAAUCUCAAUCAAACCGUCAACAACCAGAGCAACUACAUUUAUAAGCGCAUUACUGAAGCGAGUGGCAGAGUUGAUGACCUCUCCGGGAAACUACAAAGUGUGUUGCCAGAUGAAGGGGUCAAAGAUACAUCUUCUGACAAAGCUGCAAAUGCUUCAGGUGAAAAAACAGAUUCCAAAACACAGGAGCAGCCAAAUAAAAGAGAAGUAACAGAUAUUGAUAGAUGGUCAUCAGUCUCAGGAGACCAAGAGACAACAAACAACAAGUUUAAGAAAGAUGGAAGUGUUUCAGUUCCAUCCACCGGUCAAACAAAGGGGUUUCAAACGUGUGAAUCCAAAGCCACUGCUCAUAGCGCUUCGGCCAUCUCAGGGGAUGAACCAGUUGAAGAGAAACAAACAAAAGAUGGCAAUAAAGAUCAUGGAAUACCUCAAGAUUUAAGUACACGCGGGGAGCAAGAUGAAUCUGGCACAGAAGAUGUUGAGCCAAACUGGAAAGCGCUAUUUCUAAAUGGUUUGGAUGAGAGAGACAAGCUUCUGCUAGAGGAGUACAUCUCGGUCCUAAGAAAUUACAAGGAAUCGAAGAGGAAGCUUAAUGAAGCAGAGAAAAAAAGGAGGGCUAACCACUUCCAAUAUGUAGUUCAGAUGAAAGUACUGAAAAAUUCUAUUGCCUUAAAGGAUGCAGAGAUCCAAUCUUUGCGGAAAAAACUAAAGCCGCUUCAUGGGGAUCAUGUGGAAACUAUAAAGUCGAACGAAAGCACAACUAAAUCUGGCGUUGAAGCUACAGAUGAAAACACAAGUAAAGCUGACCAUGAGGAUAAGGUUGAAAACAAAAAGUCUAAGCAUGCGCAUAGAAGGACUCUCUCUGAAUUAUUAGAUGUUCCAAUCCCUGAAGAUCCUCCUGCAAAAGAAGAAGCAACAUCUCGAGUAAGUUUGAAGCUGUCCAGCAUUGAAGAGUUUGGAGAUCUUAAGGCAAACAGCGUUGAUGAAAAUCAUGCUUUUUCAACCAUUGAAGAAAAGAUACGCGCAGACAUUGAUGAAUUGGUGGAAGAGAACAUGGAUUUCUGGCUCCGGUUUAGCACCGCCUUCCAUCAGAUAGGGAAGUUUCAAAGUUCAGUCAGAGACUUACAAGACGAACUGGAGAAGAAAAAACCAAGCAAACAGCAACUGGACAAUAAACCACUGGAACAACUCUCAGAGAUCCGCCCUAUAUACAAUCACUUGAAAGAGAUACAGACUGAGUUAACAUUAUGGUUGGAACAUAGUGUAGUGCUGAAAGAUGACUUACAGAACAGGUUGUCGUCUCUUUGCAACCUCCAAGAAGAGAUAACAAGGUAUUCUCAGGAAGUCCCUAAAGAAGAAGAGAAAGAGCUGCUUGCCUGUCAAGCUGCAAAACUACAAGGUGAGAUUCUUAACAUGAAACGUGAGAACAAGAAGGUAGCAAAUGAAUUACAAGCUGGAGAUAAGCGUGUAGAGAAGCUGCAAGAAGAGAUUAAGACGACUAUCCAAGAACUGGACGAAUUUGGGGUAAAAAGAGAGAGCACAAACUUUAAUUCUAGGAUUCCCUUGAGAUCUUUCUUGUUCGGAGUGAAGUUGAAGAAGCAGAGGCAGAGAUCAUCACUCUUUUCAUGUUUAAAGGCACCCGAAGAGCUAAAAGAAUGUGAUCCAACUCUCAAGAUUUUGUAUUUAUACAGCUUCACAUAUGCAGUUAAAGCCAUGCAAGAACCAAUAAGAUGCAUGUGA